CUUCCCGCCGAAAGCAGGGCGGGGCGGACAGUGCGUGACUCACAGCCCGUGUUUGUUCAUACUACUUUGAGCGCCAUCUUGUUCGUAACUCCCCCACGUAUGUGAGUUCUGCUUCUGAGGAGGAGGAGGAGGAAGGAGGAGGAAGGAGGGGGAUCCUGUUACCCUUUUUUCCAGCUUUGGACCGGGAACCUCUCUCCGUGUAAACUGCAGUCGCGGUCCUGGUUUUUCUUAGACAAAUUCAGCGUUUUCUUCCUUACAGGUCAGAAAUGAGCAUCGAAACGCUCCUGGAAGCUGCCAAGUUUUUGGAACUGCAAGCCCAGCAACAACAGAAGACACGUGAGGAAGAUCUUAAGGAAAAGCUGUGUCUGCAGAAGAGGACUGAGUUCAGGCUCUGCGAUGUAAACUACAACUCAACAAAUCAUGUCAACAAUGUCUCCAAAGUGGAGGAGCGUCGCCCCGAGUGCCGCCCGGUACCCACGCCGCCGUCCCUGCCUCUCCCGUCCGUGCCUGUUUCCGUAAUCCCCAUCCCCGUGGUCACUCCCAACCCCAUAGGCGCUCUCCCUCUGCCCGUUGCCACGCUUUCACCUCCGGCUGCUCCUCCACUCGCGUCCCCCAAGAGAGACCCCCAGUCCCCCCAGGAGCAAAGUGCCGCCGCUUUGCUCUGCUCCUCCCAGCCCAAAGCUGACCUCCCACCCUCGGCGGUGACCGGAAGCCACAGGCGGCUGAUUCAGGAAAACCACCCCCAGCUCAUCGCCCAACAAGCUAACAACACUAAAGUGCAGCAGCAGACGCACCAACCCCUGCUUCAGAGCUAUCCCGGCCCGAUCGUCUCCGCCCCAAAGGAGCUGGCUCUGCUCCCCCCCUCAGGGCCGGUGUUUCAGUCCUCACCCCCUCAGAACGGCCCCAUCAGCCGGGGCAGUCCUACCGAUGAUGGCCGCCAGCUGGACUAUAAGAAGAGGCCUGGGGGGGCAGGCACAAGAGAAGUACACAACAAGCUGGAGAAGAACAGACGGGCGCACCUGAAGGAGUGCUUCGAAACACUGAAGAAGAACGUCCCAAACAUCGACGAGAAGAAAACCUCCAACCUGAGUGUCCUCAGGAGUGCACUGAGAUACAUCCAGACGUUGAAGCGCAAAGAGAAGGAGUACGAGCACGACAUGGAGAGACUAGCCAGAGAGAAGAUCGCCACCCAGCAGCGGCUAGCAGACCUGAAGAACGAGCUGAGCCAGUGGAUGGACGUGAUUGAGAUCGAGCGUGUCCUCCGACAGACCGUGCAGCCAGAGGAGGAUCAGGUGUCCACUUCCACAGCCUCAGAAGGUGAAGACAUUCUGGACGAAGACCUAGAGGAAGAGAGACCACACACUGCCUUACCCUCUCUGCCUCACAACAUGAAACCUGAGCUGCACAAGACUGCCACACUGCCUCCCGCCCCCUCCAUCAUCGCUCAUCACAACUCCAUCCAGAGCAAAGUCCCCCUGCUCCAACCGCAGACUCUUCUAGCCGCUCCCCCCCAGCCGCCCUUGAAGCCCGCGGCCCCGUUCACCCUCACAGUCACCACGUCGAGCCCGGUCGCUGUAAGCCAGCCCAUAAUGCCCACCCAGGCUCAGAUGGCAACCCCACCCAGCGUGCACCCAACCGUCAUCGCCCACGCGUCAGUGUCCCACCCCUCAGUCAUCCAGGCAGUGAACCACGUCAUCCACGCGGGGGGUCCCAAACAUGUCGCCCAGCUGGCCCCCUCCACGACUAGUUCUGUGCAGCUGACCCCCAGUCACCAACCCAUCGGACAUAUCACUGUGCACCCCGUGGCUCACCUCAGCCAGCACCUAUCCGCCCUGUACCCCCAACCCAUGUCUGUAACGCAGCCAGCCGUGGUGGGUCAUAUCACUUCCGCGCUGAACCACCCCCACCCUCAGGUGAACGGCACCACCACCCCCCAAGCAGCUGCCGCCAUCGUAGGAAAGCAGGCCCAAAUGAUGGCGCACCCCCCGCAGCUGGUGGGGCAGACGGUGCUCAACCCCGUGACAAUGGUGACUAUGUCCUCGUUUCCCAUCAGCACUCUGAAGCUCACCUGAACACUGCCAUGAGGUGCUCCACGGCGCCACCGCCACACCGACGAGAGGAACUCCACGCUCCGAUCAGGCCAUUCAACUUAGUGCACCAGAUGUGUGGGACUGGAGGGGUUGAUCAUCAUUCAGAACGGGGCAGCAGACACAAACGCCCGUCAGCCCCAGCCUAACAAGCUGGCUGACCGCAUUAGAGAUCGAGCAGGCGUGUCGUGUUCUGUGGGUCUAGUCAUUCAAAACCACAGUUCUGAUGACCCAGGAGUGUUUCACACAGUAACAUGCUGCACUGACUCCUCUGCAGGCUCUAGCUGAGCAGGUUUUAGGAGAGCUGGACCUCCAGCACACUCAGAAUGUGACCGGUGGAGCUCCUCCUCUCCAGCAGCAGCACAUGCUGCCCGGCUGGAAGGAAACCACGGAGCGGAAUCCACCACUGCCCGGAGCGGCAGUCAUCAGGGUUCUGAGCGCACCGCAACAGCGCCCCCUUCUGCCCGGAGCGGCUCCUCACGUUAAGAAACACUGAUGGAUGGAUAGAAAAUACAGAUAAUGUGCAGCUUGGUCUGGUUUUGGUUCAUGACAAUCAAGAUUUUGUCAAUAUUAAUAUUUGUUCUUUUAAACUUUUGAAGACGAGAAGAAUGCAGUUUUUUUUUAAUAACACAGCUGCUACUUAGGUUUAAAUCAUUUUACCAAAUAAGAUCUAUUCUCAUUCAUGGAACGUGUAGACUCUACAGCAGGGGUGGGCUCACUUUUUGACUCGUCGACCACAAAGGUUGUAAAAUUGAACAGGAGGACCAAACCAGGAGCAGAUGGCUGGUUUUGGUAAUCCACCUCAAAAGAGAAAGAAAUAACAUGCAAAAACCAUGCCUUAAUUUAGAUUGUAAAUCGAUAUAUCUAUUGUAAAAUAGAACAUUUUUAGGUUUUUAUUUCAAAGUUUGUGGCUUUUCUUCUCAUUUUAGGGUCAAUUAAAUGGUAAAUGGCGUAUACUUGUAUAGCGCUUUCUACCCUCCUUCGAGGGCCCAAAGCGCUUCACAGUCACAGACCCAUUCACGCACACAUUCACACAAUGACUUGGUCCCACAGAAAAUAACCCAAACUUUCCACGGGCUCACACUACAUCCGGUCCGGUCCAGCCUCUCCUGCGCUCUGUAUCCGUUUCGUUGGCAUCAAAUUUUUGUCAAGAGCCGAGCCAGAGCACUUUUUGUGAAGUUGGGGCGAUUAAUGACCUACACUGGAAGUCAUGCGAGUGCGUCCGGUACAUUUUUGAUGAUAAAACCUAUUUUCCGCUGUUCUCGCUGUUUUCACCGUGUUGUAAACAUUACGUCAUCGUGACGACAAACCCCGAUCUGCCCUACUUGUCACACAAUAAAUGAAGUCUAAACAAGACAAAAGUAUUUCUACAAGUUCAGUGCUUACCCGUUGUAGAAAAUGAAGUGUUGUGACUAUAAUUCAGAAUUACGGCAGAAUGAGGGCUUGUUUACAAGUACUUCUUAUAGAAAUGAUGAGUAAUCAUGUUAACCUAUGGCGUCGACCGGAUGCAGUCCAAGAGAAAUGUUGCGCUUGGUGUCACAGAACAACAGGGAAAAUAAAAACAUUACUAAGGAUUCUCAAUAUCAUUUAUUCCAGUUUGGCGGGACAGAUUAAAUAGUUUAAGGUCGUAGUUUGCCCACCCCUGCUCUACGAGCCAAGUCCUGGGUUUACAUACAGAGGUCCAUAAAGUUUAGUAAAGUAUAUUUCUUGGCAGAUGAUAGUAUGGUGUGUGUCUGCAUGCUGUGAGUGCAUGCUGUGAUGUUGUUCAUUUUGUGCUAUCUUAAGCUCAGAACCCGACUCAGAACCACUGGGUCUGGUCGUUGAUGCGUGUGACUGUGGCAAAGGUUUUGAAGGAUUUAUGGGGGGGCGGGGCUGGUGCAAAGAGACUUUUAAUAGUUUAAGAGCGUCCUUUAUCAAAGCUAGCACUGUGAACAUUUUCUGCUGUCUCCUUACAGGUAACUUAGCACUUAGCCGGACGGCAGCACGCUGUGCUCUCCUGAAUGAAUCUGAAUGUACUGAUCUCUAGAAGGAUUUGGAGUAGAGCACUCCACUCGAGAUGAACCCUCUUUUAAACAACAUUAUUAUAGUAUGUAACAUUUAAGAGAUUUUGUAUUUUAAAAUUUACUAUUGCUUGUUUCUGAAUAAUGUUUAAUGUAAAUUUUAUACCCCUCCCCUUUGUUGGGACCAUGUAUAGUGCUGUGUCAGAAGAGGUAACAUUAGACCUCUUCCCUUAUUCAUUUGAAAAUCAGCUACUUCAGAUUGUAUCAGCCCUUUUCAUUUUAAUAUUUUGUUUUGAAGCAAUAUUGAAGCAGGGAUUUUUUUUUGUUGGUUUGUUUCUCGUGGAAACCUUUUUUUUUCUUCCCACUUUCAGAUUUUGUGCAAAUGAUUGUGGGACGUUGUAUUUUCAACCUAUUGCAGCAAAACUAAUGUUUAAAAGUCAAACAGGGAUAAAUAUACUUGAAGAAGUAACAGUUUACUGGUGUGUUUUCCCUAUGGAGAAAGUUCAAGGUGUAUAUAGCCUGUAAAUGUUGGGCUGCAUAUAGAUAAAACUGUAUCAUCUAAAGAGAUUGGGAGAAUAUUUCAACUUUAAAAUCUAUUAAAAAUAUACUUAAUAAAUUGUUUUAUGUUUGCACAUGUUCAA